ACGCUCCAAACGACGACACACAACACAACACAGUGAAGCUGUUUUGCUUCCGCAAGAUGGCGGCUUCUCUCGGCCGAUCUGUGCCGUUGCUUCUUCUUCUUCUACUCCCCACUCUCCAACUCUCUCUCCUCUUUCACUCUACUCUCUCCGAAAUCAUUUUUGAAGAGCGUUUCGAAGAUGGAUGGCAAAGCAGGUGGGUUAGAUCAGACUGGAAAAAAAGUGAGGGAAAAGCAGGUUCAUUUAAGCACACAGCUGGAAAAUGGUCUGGAGAUCCAGAUGACAAGGGUAUUCAAACAUCUGCGGAUGCAAAGCACUUUGCCAUAUCAGCAAAAAUCCCCGAGUUCACCAAUAAAGAUAGGACAUUGGUUCUCCAAUAUUCUAUAAAGUUUGAGCAGGACAUUGAAUGCGGCGGCGGUUACAUAAAACUUCUCUCUGGAUUUGUAAAUCAGAAGAAGUUCGGAGGGGACACUCCUUAUAGUUUAAUGUUUGGACCAGAUCUAUGUGGCACACAGACUAAGAAGCUACAUGUAAUACUGUCCUACCAGGGCCAGAAUUACCCUGUCAAGAAAGAUCUUGAAUGUGAGACAGAUAAAUUAACACACUUUUACACAUUUAUUCUGAGACCUGAUGCAACUUAUAGCAUCUUGAUUGACAAUAGAGAAAGAGAUUCUGGAAGCAUGUAUACAGACUGGGAUAUCCUUCCUCCUCGAAAAAUUAAGGACAUCAAUGCGAAAAAGCCUGCAGACUGGGAAGAUAGAGAAUAUAUUGAUGAUCCUAAUGCUGUCAAACCUGAGGGAUAUGAUUCAAUCCCAGCUGAAAUUCCUGACCCAAAAGCCAAGAAGCCUGAUAACUGGGAUGAAGACGAGGAUGGGAUAUGGAAACCACCAAAGGUUCCAAAUCCAGCAUAUAAGGGACCAUGGAAGCGCAAGAAAAUAAAGAAUCCCAACUAUAAGGGCAAAUGGAAGAUUCCUUGGAUUGAUAACCCAGAAUUUGAAGAUGACCCAGACCUUUAUGUUCUGAAGCCAAUUCAAUAUGUGGGCAUUGAAGUUUGGCAGGUGAAGGGUGGUUCAGUUUACGACAACGUUUUAAUUUGUGAUGAUCCAGCAUAUGCAAAACAAGUUGUGGAGGAAGUAUUUGCUAAUAGAGAGGCUGAAAAGGAAGCCUUCGAAGAAGCAGAGAAAGUGAGAAAAGCAAAGGAGGAAGAGGAAGCUCAAAGAGCGAGAGAGGAAGGUGAAAGGAGGAGAAAGGAGAGGGGCUAUGAUCGAAGAUAUCGAGAUAGGGAGCGUUACAGAGACAGAUAUAGAAGGCAUGAUCGUCGUCGCGACUACAUGGAUGAUUAUCAUGAUGAACUCUGAUGGAAUCUUCUGCGUCUCUGUUUCGCAUGAGUUCCACACUGCUCCAAUUAAUCGUGCUUUAAUCUGUUCUUUGAAAAUAACGGUUAUUUUCAAAUGUUGUAAAAUUUCUUGUUGUAACUGAAGUUGUAGAAGUAUUUCCUGGCAUUGUAUGCGGCUUCUAAAGAACUUUGUGUAUUGUUUCCUCAUUGGACAAGGUCCAUUUUAGCCUUUACAUUACAAAUCAAUGGAAAAUUGAGUUUGUUUUAACU